CUCCAGCCGGUGCGCAGCGCGCGCAGUUGAUCAACCGAGAUCACAGGCAUGAAGUCGUGAUGCAAGGUAUAUUUCAUACGCUUUGGCUAUCAGUUUCAUUGUUUAAAUUAACUGUGGUGGACUCUAUUACGGCCACGUAUGACGCUAAUUGGUUUAAAACUCGUCGUCCAUUCUUUUAAUGUUCUGAGGACGAUUUGAUUUUGGAGCGACAAUUAUAGUGUUUGGUUACUGGAGUCCGAGGCAUGAUGCCAUAAGCAUCAACACGCCUGUUAUAUGUACACUUGGAAAUGAAAUUUCGCCUUGACCUUUUUGUGAAUACGAGGACAAAACAAACACGACAAUGGAGACGUUUACCAUCCCUGAUAUGCUCCUAAAUACCACCGAUAUUUAUAAAAUAUUAUGUGGACUUGGAAUUCGGAACGUCUCAGAAUGUGAAUCAGAAGCCCCUCCGGAACCAAAAGACAUGAAUCAGGCAGUGCGGAUCGUCCUCUAUAGCAUCAUCUUCCUCCUCAGCAUCUUCGGCAACAGCCUUAUCAUUGCCGUGCUGGUGAGGAACCGGCGGAUGCGCACCGUCACCAAUCUCUUCCUGCUGUCGUUGGCCGUGAGCGACCUGAUGCUCUGCCUCUUCUGCAUGCCUUUCACCCUCGUCCCCAACCUCAUGAAGGAUUUCGUUUUUGGCAGUGGCAUCUGCAAGGGGGCCAUGUACUUCAUGGGCAUCUCGGUGAGCGUGUCGACCUUUAACCUGGUGGCCAUCUCCCUGGAGCGCUACAGUGCCAUCUGCAACCCCCUCACCUCCCGCUCCUGGCAGACCAAGUCGCACGCUGCCAAGGUGAUCAGCGCCACCUGGGUGCUGUCCCUCCUCCUCAUGCUGCCCUACCCCAUCUCCAGCACGCUGGUGCCCUUCACCCGCAUGAACAACAGCACCGGCAACAUGUGCCGCCUCACGUGGCACAGCGACGCCAUCCAGCAGUCCUGGUAUGUGUUUCUGCUGCUGGUUCUCUUCCUGAUCCCGGGGAUCGUGAUGAUGUUAGCCUAUGGCCUCAUCUCUCUGGAGCUCUACAGAGGAAUGAAGUUUGAGAUGGACAACAGGAAGGCAACCAGAGACAGGCAGAGCAGCACCAGCAGCCUGAAGCCCGGCGAUAGCGACGGCUGCUACUUCCAGCCCUCCAAGAAGCGUCGCUCCGACGCAGCCCACCAUCAGUCGGCGGCGCUGGUGAUCUCCGGCACCUCCGGCGGCAAAGCCAAAGUGAGCCGCGUGUGCAGCAGCAACCCCACAGCCAACCUGCUGGCCAAGAAGCGUGUGAUCCGCAUGCUCCUGGUCAUCGUCGUGCUCUUCUUCCUCUGCUGGAUGCCCAUCUUCACCGUGAACGCGUGGCGCGCCUUCGACCGGCGCUCGGCCGACCGCCUGCUCUCGGGCGCCCCCAUCUCCUUCAUCCACUUGCUGUCCUACACCUCCGCCUGUGUCAACCCCAUCAUCUACUGCUUCAUGAACAAGCGCUUCCGCCAGGGAUUCCUGGCCACCUUCAGCUGCUGUGGCGCAGGUGGUGGAGGAGGAGGCGGAGGAGGAGGAGGCACGGGGGGGGUGGGAGACCGCAGCGGGAGCCGACGGAGCGACCUGACCAUGACGGGUGUGGGAGGAGGAGGAGGGGGUGGAGGAGGGGCAGGGGCGGCGAAUGACAACGGCCACACGCAGUCAAGCGGAGGGGGCUCGCUGACGCGCUUCACCUACAGCAGCAUUCGCGGCUCCGCUCAGGCCUAAGCCUGUCAGACUGCAGACCACCUUUUAGCAACGCCCCCAGCGCACACACACACACACACACACACACACACACACACACACACACACACACACAGACACAGACACA